AUGCGCGUUAUACACACCUUCGCUGGCGUAUACCUGCGUAUACCUGCGCACACCUGGAUAGCGGGAAGGGUAGAGGAAAAAGGGGGGGGGGGAGGGCAGCAGCGAGCUGGACCGAACGUCAACGAAAGCGACCGAGCGCCGUGGAGCCGGUUGUGUCGCGCGGCGGCGAGUCAGUAUCGCGUCAGUUCCGAAGUGAAGCUGGUCAGUGAUCUGUGUCAGAGCAGGGCCACUAUCCGCGUCCGUCUCACUCUCUUUCUCUCUUUCUUUCUCUCCUUUUCUCUUCUCCUGUUUUACGCGGCCUACGCCUCUUUCUGUGCUCUCUUCACUUCGCUUCCCGUCCCCGCGAUAUCGUUCGUCGUCUCGAUUCCGUUCGCGCGGAUCGCUCCUUCCGAGAUCAAUGUAUCCCGGUCUCCCGGUCUCUCCCCGGGUGCUCGCGAGACACACAUACACGGUAAUACACAGUGCCACAGUGUGGAGUUGUUACCAGUGGGGAAAGAGCAGAAAUUAGUUUACAAAGCGGACGCGUACCACGUACAACGACCGUCGUCCACUACCGUCAACAGUCACCGAUCAUCGGGUAGCUUAGUUUUAUCAAAGCUGAGAAAAUUCGGGACGGGACUCGGAAAAAGAGUGGCGACGUUAUCAAGAGGGAAACUGCCGAGCCAACCGGUGCCGAAAGUCAACAAAUGGAGCAUAGAGGUGCGCCGCACGGGCAGCAGGAGCAGCAGUAGCGUUCAGCUAUCGUCAGGAGCUUGAUCGUUGGGCCCUGUCUCUCU